AUAUUAGUUGGAAGUUGUUGAACUCCAAUGCACCCAUUUGAUCGUGUAUAAAUAAAAUUAUGACUAUGAGCUAUGCAUCUUAACCGGAGAAUGAACCGAGCCAAAAUGGGAGGAUUAACAUUGAUAGUAGUGAUGAUGUCAAGCUUAAUGUUGGGAGGGACAGGUCAGCAGAUAAUUAGCACGCCAUGCACCUCCUCCAUGAUCUCUACCUUCACUCCAUGUCUCAACUUCAUCACCGGAAGCAGCGGCGGUUCCGUCACUCCCACCGCCGGCUGCUGCGACUCCUUGAAGUCAUUGACCAACACCGGCAUGGACUGUGCUUGCCUCAUCCUCACCGCUAAUGUCCCGCUGCCUACUGGCUUCAUCAAUCGGACGCUCUCGCUAGCUCUCCCUCGUGCCUGCAAAAUGAGCGGUGUACCUUUUCAGUGUCAAGCGGCGGGGACUCCUCUACCAGCGCCAGGUCCGGUUCCAUUUCUGCUGGCUCCACCACCGCCUAUUGCUGCUUUUAGCCCCGGGGCGUCUAAGGCGGCUGUGACAGCGCCGGCACCGGCACCAAAUGCUCCCGUUGAUGGAACGAUGGGCCCCACGGCCACACCAAGAAUUCGACCAGUGGUUCAGCCCUUGCAGCCCACCAGCCUCGCUCAAUAUUCAACUUCUGAUCCAUAUCUUGCCUUCAUUUUCUUUCUCUUCACUCUUAUCACUUUGUUAAAUUUGUAAGCUAGUCGGCGUCUCCUUGUUUAAAGUUAUUUACUCUUAUCUAUGUGUUGUCAGUUACUUUCAUUAUGAUUCGUCGGCCGUUACAUAUACAAAGUUGGUUAACAGAUUUUGUAUA